AAAAGCUGUGGAGAUUGCCAUCGUCGAGGACAUUGGGGAGCCGAGGGCUGAAUAGGACCAAGAAGAGCAGCAAGUGAUUGACGCUGUGGAGCUGUAGUCAUCGUUGUGUGCGACUGGUGGAACUUUCAUGACGAGGCCACGACCAGCACGCGGCACAUACAAUGUCGCUCAACCGUGCACAAAGGACAUACCACUCGUAACAUACGAGAUAGUGGACCUACCGGAUGAUGACAAGAGGUUUAAAGUUACUUGGAUUGAUACCGGCAAUGUCGUCCACCUAAAGGCCCAAAAGUCAAAGUAUCAUGGGAAAGGUCUUUUUUGCGACCAAGAGCUUAUUCCAGCGGGUGCUUGUAUCGAUCACUAUCAUGGAGAAACAAUGUCCCACUUGCUGGCGAAUAAUAGACACACAUCCAAUGACGACUCCUUCUGGCUGAAGGAUAGCAAUGUCAUAGUUCCGCAUUCGUACAUUCCGGGGAGAUACAUUAAUGACAGCGUCAUACUAUCCUCAGAUGACCAAGCGCCCAUUAUCCGGAACGAGCCUUGCAAUGUGGAAUUCAAAGAAAAAAAUGGAAUAGUAGUGGUAACAGCGUUGAGAGACAUCCUCCAAGAUGAAGAGCUCUUGGUUUCGUACGGCGAUUGGUAUUGGCGAGGCCAUCUAUUCGAGCGGAACGGCUUCGAAGAUGCCCCGAACCGAUUUCAAGUUUUGGAAAAGGCAGACGAGGCUGUGAAACGACGAUGGCUUAACACUCUUGGAUGGCAAGACAUUCCUGAGGAGUUCAGAAUGGUGAAAGUGGAGCGAUUCCAGAAGCAGUCCAGACACAGCGUCUUUGAUUACUAUGUACUGAGAAAGGGAUUUCACGGGAUUUUCCGCUCUGCCAAGAUGUUGGCACUUCAUCUUCGGUGCGAACAAAAUAGCGAGCCAUGUACAUGCGAAACAUGCAAGCGGAAUAAGCGCAAAAAGAUGCAAACGAACGAAAAGGAGGAUGACUCUGCAUCUCGCAGCAGACGGAGGACAAAUGGGACAUCUGAAGCGCGACAAAGCCCGUCAAACGGUAGUACCCACAGUCGGGAUGAACUUGUGGAGGCGUUGGAACAGUCGAACGGAGCCGAGACCGAAGAGGAUCCGCUCACAGAUAACAGCUCAUCGUCAAUGCUUGAGGUACACAGAAUAGCAGUUGUAACUGACAAGGUCCAGGUAGUCGAAGAGGUAACCAAUCUCGAGACUGUUAGUACUUUAGCUGUUAGUGCUUUAGCGGCUGAGGCUGAUCCAUUAGUUACUGCCAUCCUGAUGAAAAGCGACAAGGCAGCUGUCGCCAAUUAAUAUGAAGCAGGCCUAUUUUCAAUCGGAAAUAUGCAAAGGCAUGGGUGAUUUAGAUAAGACAAUCCUCUCUUUUAUUUGUAAAUAGGCGCGGCGUACUGAUUAAUAUAUACAUGUACAUGACGA